UUACGUAGGAGUAAGCGCUAUUGAAUACAGCGGGGGCUCCUUCCGAGCAGCAUUAUAAAACGGUUUCUAGGGAGGGAAGAAGCCCCAGGUUCGGCUUAAUACAACGUUAGGAAUGUUUUGGGGCGGCAGGUGGAAGUUCAACACGUGGAGCAUUCCCGGAAUUUAAAUCUCGGUGGAUUCGAGGCACCCCAAAGCACAGUGUGCAAUGCCUCACGUAGAAAUGGAGGAAGGCUUCUCGUCAUCGGAUUCGGAAGAGUCCCUUGUCACUGACCGAGAGCUCCAAGACGCAUUUUCCAAAGGUUCACUAAAGCCAGGCCUAAACAUUGUGCUAGAGGGACAGCCAAAAGCUUUCAACAAUGUGGAUGGAUUGAAGCAGUGCUUGUCUGAAUUCCAGAAACACCUGGCCUGGAUUGAAAGGCUUGAUGUCACCUCUCAUUUGGAAACAAGUGCCACAAAUGCAGCUUCUAGUCAAACACUUGACAAAGAUGAUGUUGACCCCGAGGAUGACUUCAAGAGAGAGAUGAGCUUCUAUCGUCAAGCCCAAGCAUCUGUUUUAGAAGCUUUGCCUCGGCUGCAUAAGUUCAAAAUCCCUACUAGGCGGCCUGAUGACUAUUUUGCAGAGAUGGCAAAAUCUGAUCAGCAGAUGCAGAAGAUUCGGCAUAAGCUGAAGAGUAAACAAGAAGCAAUGGAAAAGUCUGAAAGAGCCAAACAGCUCCGUGCCCUGAGAAAAUACGGCAAAAAGGUCCAAACUGAGGUGCUGCAGAAGAGGCAGAAGGAGAAAUCCACAAUGCUGAAUGCAAUCAAGAAAUACCAGAAAGGUCUUUCAGACAAGCUGGACUUCUUGGAAGGUGAAAAAGCACCAGCAACUCAGGGAAAGAAGGAAGGGGCUGGAGGCCAGCAUAAAAAUAAAGGCCCGAGUGCCAAACGACGCUACAAGAAUCAGAAAUUUGGUUUUGGUGGCAAGAAGAAAGGGUCAAAAUGGAACACUCGAGAAAGUCACAAUGAUACCUCCAACUUCCGUGCUAGUGUGGCCCACCACAAGGGUCCUGGGAAAGCAGGGAAAAAGGGUGCCAAUAAGAGGCCUGGCAAGAAGGUGAGGCAGAAAAUGAAGAACCGUUCCCGAUAAUGAGUACAAUGGGUGACCUUUCCUUCUUCGUGAAGUGUGACUCCCUACGGAACGUUGGCGUGAAAUGAUGCUGACCUGGACAACAUAGCUGUUCAGAUUGCCAUUCAGAGUCAGCAAGUGGUACUGCCUGACACUGGGUGUACUCACUUCUCGUACAUAAAUAACAAGCAGGUGCUUCUGGUUUCCUAUAUUUCAUACUGAUUUGGUCUUUCUUGCUCCUCCUUGUGCAAGAUUGUGAAUUAAAAAGUCUUGAUAGCUUGA